ACGGCAUUGGUAUUAAUGUACUGAUUGUAAGCAAGCGAGGGCGAGGGAAAUAAAUAAUCGAAAAACUCUGUAUAUGAAAAUCCGAAAAAAUGUUUGUUUAUAGUUUCUGUUUUUUGUGGGGUGCGUUUUCGUCUCAAAUAUCGGUUAGUGUGUUAAGUGUCUUCUUGGUGGUGUUAUUAGUUGUUCGACUGCUCCAAAUAAUCCAAUACACCAGAUCGUUACCACCGGGACCAUGGGGACUUCCAAUUGUUGGAUCGCUACCCUUUCUUAAGGGCGAUCUACAUUUGCAUUUUCGCGAUUUGGCUCAGAAGUACGGGUCGCUGCUGUCGACUCGUUUGGGAUCACAGUUAAUAGUCGUGCUUAGUGAUUAUAAAAUGAUUAGGGACGCGUUUCGCAAGGAAGAAUUUACGGGAAGACCGUCCACUGAAUUUACAAGCAUCUUGGAAGGCUUCGGCAUUAUAAAUACCGCGGGAAAAUUGUGGAAAGAUCAACGUCGGUUUUUGCACGAUCGCCUACGUCGCUUUGGAAUGACUUACAUUGGUGGCAGAAAGACGCAAAUGGAAAACCGCAUCAUGACCGAAGUCGAAGAAUUCCUCUGCAUUUUACGCGCGAAGAAAAAUACACCAAUAGAUUUCAAUCCAAUCCUCGCCGUCUCCAUUUCCAAUGUGAUCUGCGAUAUUAUAAUGUCCGUGAGGUUUUCCCACAACGACACCCGUUUUCGCCGAUUCAUGGAUCUUAUCGACGAGGGCUUCAGGUUGUUUGGUUCACUCGAGGCUGCCGUUUUCAUUCCAAUCUUGCGAUAUUUACCCGGACUUCGAAGGACGCGCAAGCAAAUUAGUAAGAAUCGCACGGAAAUGGGACAAUUCCUACAAGAAACCAUCAACGAGCAUCGCAAGUCGUUCGACCCAAGCAAUUUACGCGACUUGCUCGACACCUACCUUUUCGAAAUUCAAAAGGCAAACGAAGAGGGCAAGGGGCACCACCUCUUCGAAGGGCGCGACCACGAUCGCCAAAUGCAGCAAAUAAUGGGCGACCUAUUCUCCGCCGGCAUGGAAACCAUUAAAAACACCUUGCUCUGGUCAAUUUUAUUCAUGUUGCACUACCCCGAGGCGAUGAAGGCUAUACAAGAAGAGCUCGAUCAAGUCGUCGGACGCAAACGGCUCCCAAAAUUAGAAGAUUUGAGCUACCUCCCGAUAACCGAAUCGACGAUAUGCGAAGUCAUGAGAGUGUCCAGUAUUAUUCCAAUGGGCACAACGCACGCUCCCACACACGAUAUCCAUCUGAACGGAUUCAACGUACCACACAACGCGCAAGUGGUACCGCUCCUACACGCAGUCCACAUGGACCCAAACCUGUGGGACGAGCCGGAUAAAUUCAACCCGUCCAGGUUUAUCGACGGCGAAGGGAAAGUAAACAAACCAGAAUAUUUCAUUCCAUUUGGAGUGGGACGACGAAUGUGCUUGGGCGAAAUCCUAGCGCGUAUGGAAGUAUUCCUCUUCUUCUCCACACUUCUUCACACAUUCGAGCUCAGCGUGCCCGACGGCGAAAAACUACCGAGCCUCAAGGGAAACGCUGGCAUCACGAUUUUCCCCGACACCUUCAAGGUGUUCGCCAAGCCCAGGCCGUUAGAAGGAGAGCACACUUUUUCCACGAUACGAUCAGCUGGAAGUCAUUAGUAUUGUGCUAAUCGCAGGAGCACGGUCAUUGAAAUAGUUUCCUACCCCUUUCGUUCUGUCAGAGGCGAAUUGUACUUAUUAGCUAUAGGUUCAUUAUUAUUAUUAUUUAUAUAAUUUUUGAAGCAAUCACGAGAUCUCUAAGGAGUUCGGCUGUGCAUCAAUAGUGUUCAUUCCAUUAUUAUAGUGUAGUUGUAAGCUAGUCAUCAGAUCAUGUAAAACCAAACUCAUUAUUUUUAUAUUGAAAAGUGUACGCACUUUUGUAAAAAUCCGACAGUAGCUUCGUAUAUUACGAAGCAAGAGUUGGCAAGACAUUUGUACAAAUCACAUUCGUUACCUUUUAAGUGACCACAUGAUAUAUUUUUGCUAAAGAAUUCAGGGCGACCAGUCGUUGGACGAUUUUUAGUAUACCAGUAUGUGUUUUAUACACAAAACUUAGUAUUAGCUUCUUAAAGAGUAAUAAAAGUUUUAUUUAAUUA